UGUUUUUUACUUUUAUAAGAAGUGUUGUGUAAAUAAAACUUCGUUUAAAAACUAUUUCAAAAUAUAUUCGAUUUGCUCUUCACUAAAAUGGUACGCAGUCUGGCGCAGUGGACGAAAACCCUAAGUUUUCCUUCACGCCUCUCACCAAAUCGCAAUUCAAAAGAUUGUACCAACCUAAAUACCACUAGUCCCGCACCACCACCCACACCGCCAAGGAAUAAGACCACAACAAACAACAACAAUUGUUCAACAUCACGUUCCUCAUCAUCGACAGUGUCAUCUUCACACUCCAAUUCAACAGCCCCCUCGCCCACCACAAUGGGCGGCAACAACAGUGCCAACAGCAAUAAUAAUAAUAAUAAUUACCAUGGCAGCAACAACAAACAUAAUUUGCCCAUCACGGAACUAGAGCAAAUUAUCUACCCCGGUCCCGAUCCCAAACAAGCCAUUAUGGGUUCGCUCGUCUUUUGUAUACAUCACAAACAGGGCUGUAAAUGGUCAGAUGAGCUGCGGAAACUGAAGGGCCACUUGAACGUCUGCAAGCACGAUGCCACACAAUGUCCCAACAAAUGCGGCGCUCAGAUACCACGCAUCAUGAUGACCGAUCACCUACAGUUCACCUGCAACAUGCGCCGUACGAAAUGUGAAUUUUGUCAGAGUGAAUUCUCCGGUGCCGGCCUGGAGGAACAUGCCGGCACAUGCGGCCAGGAGCCCAUCUACUGUGAAGCCAAGUGCGGUCAGCGUGUACUACGUGGACGUAUGACGCUGCACAAGUCCAAGGAUUGUGCCAAACGUUUACGACGUUGUGUACACUGUGCACGUGAAUUCUCAUGCGACACACUGCCACUACAUGUGGCACAAUGUCCACGCGCGCCGCUGACAUGUCCGCAGCGUUGCGAUGUCGGUGCCAUUGCACGCGGUGAUAUGGAAGCACAUUUGCGUGAUGAAUGCAAAGCACUCGCCAUCGCGUGUAGUUUUAAAGAAGCUGGUUGUCGUUUCAAGGGUCCUCGACACAUGCUCGAAGCGCAUUUGGAGGCAAAUGCCGCUUCACAUUUGUCUCUAAUGGUCUCGCUCUCAUCACGUCAGGGACAACAGAUACAAAUGUUAAAGACCGCCGUCUCGAAAUUGUCCAUCAACUACACAGGCACUUUGUUGUGGAAAAUAACCGAUUGGUCAGCGAAGAUGACAGAGGCGCGCAGCAAGGAUGGUUUGGAAUUGGUCUCACCACCAUUCUACACCUCACAAUAUGGUUAUAAGCUACAAGCUUCAAUGUUUCUCAACGGUAACGGACCUGGCGAGAAUACACAUGUUUCGGUUUACAUUAAAGUCUUACCCGGUGAAUAUGAUGCGCUCUUAAAAUGGCCCUUCGCACACUCCAUCACAUUUACGCUCUUCGAGCAGGGCGCGCAGACAGGUCAGGGUGGUGUUGCCGAGUCGUUUGUGCCCGAUCCAACAUGGGAGAACUUCCAGCGGCCAUCGAAUGAACCAGAUCAGUUGGGUUUCGGAUUUCCACGUUUCAUUUCACAUGAAAUGCUGCACAGACGACCCUUCAUCAAGGACGAUACGGUAUUUCUGCGUGUAAAGGUGGAUCCCAGCAAAAUUGUAGCGGUAUAAAUUGUGGUGCAGUGGUAUAAUCUAGUGUUUUUUUUUUCUAUUAAUAUUUAAAUAAAUACUGUGUAUUUAAAGUAAUUGCUAGUGUUAUGUAAGUGCGUCGAAAAGACAAAGCUCAAGCCUCAAGUGGAAAAUAUGUUAGUAUAUAAGCUCGAGUGGGCAUAUAUAUGUACAUAUGAGCGUACAAUUUGUGGGCUUUCAUCCCUGCAGCUUCGCGUGCGUAGACAAUGUAGCUACACUACGUGCAAGCACGCAAAUCAAGGAAUAGAAAAGAAACCGAAAAACUGUAGAAGAGUGAAGAUUUUCAUUUCGUUAAGUGUUCAAGCACAAGUCAGUUUUAUUUGAAAAAGAAUAUGUAUAUUUAAGUAACUUUAAUAAACACUGCGUAAAAAAAACUCGCGCAGUUUUCAAAAGCAACGAAAUCAGACCAAAGUUAAUGCAAACGAAAAAGAAGAGCAAAAAAAAACAAUUUAUUUUAAUUAGCAAAGUAAGCGAUGGGAAACUCUCUCAAGUAAAUGUAUUACCUGUAAAUUUGUAUGCGAAAUUCAAGUUCGUGUCGCAAGUCUUUUGUUUUGACUAAGAAAUGCAAUUUCCGAUUCGAGAAAUUCAUCGAUUUUUAGCAAAGAAAAAAAAACUUUCAAAAGAUCUUCAAACAUUUUUAGGUUAGUUUUAAAUAUGUGCGAAAUAAAUGUGCUGAAAUUUUUAUUUUCGAAAGCGUUA